AUGGCACCAAAGCAGUUGAAAAAAAUCGAGAAUCCAGUAGUGUCUUCAUCUGAAGAAGAAGAGUCUGCUUCUUCUGGCGAGUCUGCUACUUCAGGUGAAGAGUCUGACUCUUCCGCCGAUUCACCCGUCAAAGAGUCUUCCAAGAAGCCGGUGGUUGUGAGCAAGCCUUCUGGUUCCAAGACUACUACCAAACCGGAAAGCUCUACUGCUGCCAAGAGAUCGUUUGAGAAAACAGACGAAAUGAGUAAGAAGAAAUCGAAGAACUCAAUGGGUGAGGAGGAUGUGAAGAAGAAGGAUGAAACGCUAAAGAAGAAUCUGUUUGUUAGGUUAUUCACCGAAGAAGACGAAGCUAUUUUGCUCCAAGGCUUCCUUGAUUUCGCUACUAAGAAAGAAAACCCUAGUGAUCAUAUCGAUGAUUUUUAUGAGUCUAUCAAGAACUCCAUCAGUUUUGAUGUUACCAAACCUCAACUGGUAACCAAAAUUGGAAACUUGAAGAAAAAAUUCAAUGGCAGAGUUUCGAAGGGUCUUAAAAAAGGAAAGAAUGAAGAAGUGAUGGUGUUUUCGAAAGCUUCCGACCAAAAUUGUUUUGACUUGUCGAGAAAGAUUUGGGGAAGUAACGGUGUAUUGUAUUCGAAAUCAAAGAAUAUGCGACAAGUACAGCUUGGAGGAAGUGUCAAGGUUGAUGAAGAUGAUCAAGAGCCACAGAAACAUCGGUUUGUCAUAAGCACUUUAUCUUCUGGUCAAGAGUUGGUCUCUUACUUGAAGGUUGAGAAUCCGAAUUCUUUGGGUGUUGAUGACACAAAAUGGAGUGCAAAAUUGGAUAAGAUCAAAGACGGAAAACAAAAGAGAAAGAUGGAAAAAAACUUGAAGAAGAUUCAGGCUAAGGAAGAGGAGCUCUCUAUGAUGAGAAGUGAAUUUGUUGCUGCCGUGACGAAUGUGCUGUCUAAGCAAGACAACGCAUCUUAUUCCUGUAAGUAG